AUGUGCCGAAAGGCCGACUGCAGGGUCCCUUGUAGCUUGAAGGUUGGCGGAGUUAUGAUAAGCGCAAUGGCCGAGAAUGGAUCAUCGGGAACGAGUAUCAACAUACAAAUGCACUUAUCCGGAGACUGGGAGACUUAG